ACCGACUGUCCAGAAGCUGCCAAUUCGCGCGCCACGGACUUUUGCAUGCGCCGCUAAGCUCGUGGGAGCAGCAUGAACGAGGAGGAUGACUAUGAGAAUGGCGCCAGCUCCGCCGAGGAGGAAGACGAGGCAGAGGAGAACGAUGCCAUGGACGUAGACGACGACGAUGAAGGGGAUGAAGGGGAUGACGGCGACGGCGACGGUGACAAUGACGACGACGAUGCGGAGGGGGACAACGACGACGAUGAUCAAGAUCAAGAUCAGGACCAAGACCAGGACCAGGACCAAGACCAAGAUCAGGACCAAGACGAGCCCGACAGUCCCUCCCAGCAGCCGCGAAGCAGAAGCCCUCAUCCCUCAGAUACCAACCCCACUCUCACCCGUACAUCGCCCAGUCCUCGGGCGGCCGCGUCGGGUGUUCUAGGCAACCUACCCUUCCGACCCAGCGUGCGUCAAGAGGCUCUCAAUGCCCCCGUUUACGAUAUCAUCCCAACAAUAGCCGCUCCGCAUAGCACCUCAAUCAACGCUAUCACGUCUACGCCAGACAUGCGAUGGGUUUUCAGCGGGGGCGCAGACGGGUACAUCAGGAAGUUCAAUUGGGUGGAUACUGCGAAUGGAAAGCUCGCCCUCACCGUGGCCCAGAGACAUCCCUUUGUGGAUUCAGUCACAAAAGCGGGCGUGCUCCUUUCGUAUUGGGAGAACGAGGACAGCUCAGGAGCUUCCGAGAGCCUGUCUCCGGUAUACUCACUUGCGGUGCACCACCAGGCUCUGUGGCUGUUGUCAGGUCUGGAUUCUGGCGGUAUCAAUCUACAGUCAGUGCGCCAUGAAGAGGGAAAGCGCAUACACACAUUGCGAGAUCACACCUCAGCCGUGUCGGUUUUGACACUGUCACAAGACGAGACAUCAGUCCUGAGCGGCAGCUGGGACAAAACGAUCAACGACUGGGACCUCAAUACCGGACAAGUGAAGAGGAAGUUUGAAUCUAGUGGUGGUCAAAUCUCAGCCAUCGAGCAACGGCCGCUAUCGACUCUCCCGAUCCCUCAAGACACCGAUACGCUGCCUCAGUCGAACGGCACCUAUUCCUCGAAUAACGCCUCUCGACCACGAGCGAAUGGCAGCUUUGCAAACGGCAUCGAGACAACAGCACGCCCAGUGCAAGCGAGAGAAGAGAAUGGCAUCGAGGAUGCGCAAGGCUCGCCAGAUGAUUCGUUGUUCGGGGACAAGGACUCUUUGUUCGGCGACGGUCAAGACAACAACCCCUCCUCUGCAAUUCCUACAUUUGGAGACGAUGAUGACGAGUUUUCAAGAGCCAUCGCCAACGGUAUCCAACAAGCCGAUGAUGAUGCUCCGGGCGACCUCGACAUGAUGGACCUGGGCGGUCCUGUCCAAGCUCCUUCCGAGCAACCAGCCGAACUUGUACAAGACGCUGAAGCGGAGACCCAGACGGCUCAGUUGACCAACGGAGCUGCAGACCAUCAAUCGGACAGUACCGCGAAUGGCGUGAUGCAUGACGACGAAUCUAACACAAUCACUGCAAGUUCGGUUGGCACAACAAGCCACGGUCAAGCUGAACAGCCUGCUUCCUCCGAAACAACGUUCAUGGACGCCUCCAUGGACGGCACAUUGCGAAUAUGGGACCGCCGACAGCCGAAUCCAGUUGCGCGUAUAUCACCACCAAGAAACACGCCUCCCUGGUGCAUGAAUGCUUGCUGGUCACCAGACGGCAACUUUAUAUAUGCAGGCAGAAGAAAUGGCACUGUGGAUGAGUACAGCUUACACAAGGGCUUGCGAGAACCCAGAAGAACCUUCAGGUUCCCAAGUGUCAGCGGAGUUGUGAGUGCUGUACGGGCAAUGCCCAACGGAAAGCACCUCGUCUGUGCUUCGUAUGAUAUCCUCCGACUCUAUGACCUGACGCAACAGGAGGCAGGUGCUAAGACCGCCGCGACUCCGUUUCUGAUUGUGCCCGGACACCGAACUGGUGUCGUCUCGCAACUAUACUUAGACCCGACAUGCACGUUUAUGAUAUCAACGGGUGGCAACAGAGGGUGGGAAGGAAGCACUACAGAAGUCUUACUUGGAUACGAGAUUGGGAUUGGGUCGUGAUGUUUUAUACCCUGAAUUACGGUGUUGAAGGUAUCUGUUCGGUUUGGGGAGUUCAAUUCCAUGUAGAGGACAUUUUUGCGAUUUGCAUAGCAAGAACUGCAUUUACACAUCUAUUGUAUAUGUAUAGACUUUGAGAUGAC